AAAGCAUUAUAGAAUUCAUAGAAUGCAACCCUUCAGUCGGCACCUAUUAUUAAAGACCUACUGCGUGACAGGCACUAUGCUGAGCUCAGGAGAUGGAGCAGGAAUGCAACAGACACAGUCCUUGUCCCACUUCUAGUGUAAGAUGAAGGACAUGGAAAGAGAGCAAAUGAGUAUAUCCUGACAAGCUGCCCAGUGUUAUAGGGAAAAGAGAGGAUAACGGGGGUCCCAGUUUAGAGUAGGGAGUGGGUGGGAAAGCCACUCUGAGGAAGGGACAUUUAUGCUGAGACCAGGGAGAAGGAUAGAAGAGGCCUGGCCUAGGCAGAGGGAGUGGCUCAUGGGAAGGCCGGGAGGUGACUGAGCUCAUUUUAGCUGGAGCUGGGGUAGGGGAGAGACAUCCCAAGGAGGUGCAGGCCACUUUCCGUGGGUCACAUCAGCUGUGCCAAGGAUUCUGCAUUUUGCUUGGAGUCACAGGAAGCCACGUAGAGAGCACACGGGUCUGAUUUACGUUCUUCAAAGACCUCUCUGGCUUUGGGGUGGGUAGGGAGGGGAUGGCCGGGAAUUCUAAAGGGGUAGCGGACUUGGUGAAUAAGGCAGUGCCGUGGUCCAGGUGAGAGGUGAUGAUGGACGGGAGUAGGGUGGCCACAGUGGAGGGGCGAGAGGUAGGUGGAUUCCUCAUGUGCCAUCUCCAAGCCCUGCUGAUGGAGGACAUGUGGGCGGACACCACAGACCACACGGAGCUCUGAUGUGAACAACCGGGUGCCAUUUUCAGAGUUGAAGAUGUUAGGAAAGAGCAGGCUUGUGGGAGGCAGACGGGCUAUUUUGAGUUUGAGAUGCCUUUUGCACAUCCAGAGAUGUCAGAAGGUCAGUGAGAUAUGAGUCUGAAGCUCUAGAGAAGUGGGGUCUGGGAUUCCUGUAACAGAAUGGUGAUAGUAGAUAUUAAUUCUGAGCACUUAACGAUGGGUCAGGCCCAGUGCUAAAUGCUUUACAAGCCUAUCAUUAAAUCCCUGGAAAGUGGUACCACUGUAUUAUACUCAUUUUAUAGACAAGGGCAUUGAGGGAGACAGAGCUUGAAUGAUUCUCCUAAGAUCACACAGCCAGUGGGCUGAAACCCAGCAUUUGAAUUCCAGAACCCAUGCUCUUAGUCAAUUCAGCAUAUGGCCUCAGUCAUUGACUCAGUUAACAAAUAUUCAUUGGGUGCUUACUAUGUGCUAGGUUUUGUUUUCCUAGGCCCUGAAAAUACCAAACAAUACCUGCCCUCAAAGAAUUUACACCCUAUGAGGAAACAGGUAUAAGCAAUAUAAACAGGCCAGGCCUGUGGCUCACACCUGUAAAUCUCAGCACUUUGGAAGGCCGAGGCAGGUGGAUCACUUGAGGCCAGGAAUUUGAGACCAGCCUGGGCAACAUAGCAAAACCCCAUCUCUACAAAAAUUGCAAAAUUUAGCUGGGUGUGGUGGUGCACACCUGUAGUCUCAGCUAUUUAGGAGGCUGAAGUGGGAUGGCCAUUUGAGCCUGGGAGGCAGAGACUGCAGUGAGCCGAGAUCACACCACUGCAUUCCAGCCUGGGCAACAGAGCAAGACCCUGUCUCAAAAAAGAAAAAAAAAAAGCAGGGAGGGUGGGGAGCAAGCAGAUCGGUGUGAACCAUCAGGGGCCAGCCUUGUUGGAGCCUUAGAACCAGAACUAGAAGGAGGAGGGGAUCAGGGGGCAGGAGGACAGAACGUGCAGGGCCUUUUCAUCACCAAACUUUGGCUCUUAUUCUUUGAUGUGAAGCCAGUGGAGGGUUUUGGGCAGAGGAACAACGUGAUGUGACUUAGGUUUAGCAGGGUCACUCUGGCAGCUGUGUUAAAAAUACCCUGGGAAGCGGGGCAAGCGGCAGAUGCAUGGAGCACCCACAGUGAGAAGGCCACAGCAGGCAUCCAGCACCUGCCAGGAGAACAGGCAGUGGCAGUGUGACCAAGAACCAUGCCUGGUGGAUCCAGACAUGAUCAAAGCCAUCAACCAGGGCAACUAUGGCUGGCAGGCUGGGAACCACAGCGCCUUCUGGGGCAUGACCCUGGAUGAGGGCAUUCGCUACCGCCUGGGCACCAUCCGCCCAUCUUCCUCGGUCAUGAACAUGCAUGAAAUUUAUACAGUGCUGAACCCAGGGGAGGUGCUUCCCACGGCCUUCGAGGCCUCUGAGAAGUGGCCCAACCUGAUUCAUGAGCCUCUUGACCAGGGCAACUGCGCAGGCUCCUGGGCCUUCUCCACAGCGGCUGUGGCAUCCGAUCGUGUCUCAAUCCAUUCUCUGGGACACAUGACGCCUGUCCUGUCGCCCCAGAACCUGCUGUCUUGUGACACCCACCAGCAGCAGGGCUGCCGCGGUGGGCGUCUCGAUGGUGCCUGGUGGUUCCUGCGUCGCCGAGGGGUGGUGUCUGACCACUGCUACCCCUUCUCGGGCCGCGAACGAGACGAGGCUGGCCCUACGCCCCCCUGCAUGAUGCACAGCCGAGCCAUGGGUCGGGGCAAGCGCCAGGCCACUGCCAGCUGCCCCAACAGCCAUGUUAAUAACAAUGACAUCUACCAGGUCACUCCUGUCUACCGCCUUGGCUCCAACGACAAGGAGAUCAUGAAGGAGCUGAUGGAGAAUGGCCCUGUCCAAGCCCUCAUGGAGGUGCACGAGGACUUCUUCCUAUACAAGGGAGGCAUCUACAGCCACACGCCAGUGAGCCUUGGGAGGCCAGAGAGAUACCGCCGGCACGGGACCCACUCAGUCAAGAUCACAGGGGAGAAAACUGAGACUCAGAAAGAGAAAGGACUUGCCCUGGGUCGAACUGAAGAUGGGGAGAGGAGACGCUGCCAGAUGGAAGGACGCUCAAAUACUGGACUGCGGCCAACUCCUGGGGCCCAGCCUGGGGCGAGAGGGGCCACUUCCGCAUCGUGCGCGGCGUCAAUGAGUGCGACAUCGAGAGCUUCGUGCUGGGCGUCUGGGGCCGCGUGGGCAUGGAGGACAUGGGUCAUCACUGAGGCUGCGGGCACUACGCGGGGUCCGGCCUGGGAUCCAGGCUGAGGGCCGGCGGAAGAGGCCCCAAUGGGGCGGUGACCCCAGCCUCGCCCGACAGAGCCCCGGGCGCAGGCGGGCGCCAGGGCGCUAAUCCCGGCGCGGGUUCCGCUGACGCAGCGCCCCGCCUGGGAGCCGCGGGCAGGCGAGGCUGGCGGAGCCCCCAGACCUCCCAGUGGGGACGGGGCAGGGCCUGGCCUGGGAAGAGCACAGCUGCAGAUCCCAGGCCCCUGGCGCCCCCACUCAAGACUACCAAAGCCAGGACACCUCAAGUCUCCAGCCCCACUACCCCACCCCACUCCUGUAUUUUUUUUUUUUUUUUUUUUGACAGGGUCUUGCUCCGUUGCCCAGGCUGGAAUGCAGUGGCCCAUCAGGGCUCACUGUAACCUCCCACUCCUGGGCUCAAGUGACCCUCCCACCUCAGCCUGUCAAGUAGCUGGGACUACAGGUGCACCACCACACCUGGCUAAUUUUUGUAUUUUUUGUAAAGGGGGGGGGGGUCUCACUAUGUUGCCCAGGCUGGUCUCGAACUCCUGGGCUCAAGCGGUCCACCUGCCUCCGCCUCCCAAAGUGCUGGGAUUGCAGGCAUGAGCCACUGCACCCAGCCCUGUAUUCUUAUUCUUCAGAUAUUUAUUUUUCUUUUCACUGUUUUAAAAUAAAACCCAAGUAUUGAUAACUA